UCACAAGCCUUCUGAUCUGACCGUAGGCCUAAAAAGGGGGUUUUGAGAGAAGUUAAUUUUAUGGGAUAGCCUAAACCAUGGAUGAUUGCUGCAUGUCAUCGGAUGCCAGAGAAUGCCAGCGAAUAAGUCAAGAAAUCGAAAAGCAGUUAAGACGCGACAAGCGGGAUUCGCGAAGAGAACUGAAGUUGCUUUUGUUGGGUACAGGGGAGAGCGGGAAAAGCACGUUCAUCAAACAGAUGCGGAUCAUCCACGGCUCUGGGUACACAAUAGAGGAUCGGCGUGGUUUCACUAGGCUGGUUUACCAGAACAUCCUCAUCUCCAUGCAGGCCAUGAUCCAGGCCCUCAAGACCUUCAACAUCCUCCUCCUGGACCACAACACUGCCCACGCAGAGAUGCUGAGCGAGCUGGACGUUGGUAAGCUCUCUGCGUUGCAGCAGAGGCUCGUAGACGCCAUCGAGGGGCUGUGGAAGGACCCGGGGACCCAGCAGUGCUACGACCGGCGCCGGGAGUACCAGCUGUCCGACUCCACCAGAUAUUACCUGAGCGCUCUCGAGCGGAUCUCCAGCCCCUCCUACAUCCCCACGCAGGAGGACAUCCUGCGGGUCAGAGUGCCCACCACCGGCAUCAUUGAGUACCCCUUCGAUCUGGACAACACCAUCUUCAGGAUGGUAGAUGUGGGAGGCCAAAGAUCAGAGAGACGGAAGUGGAUUCACUGUUUUGAGAAGGUCACCUCCGUAAUAUUCCUCGUGGCUCUCAGCGAAUACGACCAGGUCUUAAUCGAGAGUCACAAUGAGAACCGGAUGCAGGAGAGCAAAGCGCUCUUUCGGACCAUCUUGACCUCAGACUGGUUCCUGGAGUCAUCCGUCAUCCUCUUCCUCAAUAAAACCGACCUGCUGAAGGAGAAGAUCGCACAGUCUCAUCUCGCCGACUACUUUCCAGACUACACCGGCCCCAAAAAUGAUGCAAAAUCUGCAAAAUAUUUCAUCCUGGAGAUGUUCCUGGAACAGAACCCAGACAAGGCCAAGCGUCUCUACUCCCACUUCACCUGCGCCACUGACACGGAGAACAUCCGCUUUGUCUUUGCCGCUGUCAAAGACACGCUCCUCAAGCAGAACCUCAAGGAGUUCAACCUGGUGUAGAGGACCAUCACAACCCAUUCACUCUCUUCCUGAAGGAGAUCAACCUGGUGUAGAGGACCAUCACAACCCAUUCACUCUCUUCCUGAAGGAGUUCAACCUGGUGCAGAGGACCAUCACAACCCAUUCACUCUCUUCCUGAAGGAGUUCAACCUGGUGUAGAGGACCAUCACAACCCAUUCACUCUCUUCCAGUCUACUCCAAAGUGACCACGUUUAUGUGACCAACCACAUAAAGUGCCGCAUUCUCUCCCUAAUCAGUAAAUUGCAUAUCUGCCAUAUAACUGAUGCUGUGGCACACUCUUGCCUGGCACACUGGUGGUCUCCUGCCAACUAGUCACUCCAAAUACAUUUAACAUAUUUAUUUGAUAUCUAAAUUAAGUGAUUUUUUCUACUAGUAAGGUUUUUUUACUCUUAUAAUAUUGCUGAGAUAUUUAUACUUAUAUUUUUUUGUAACUGACCUUUGCUAUUCCAACUAGCUCUAUUUGUGAAUUGUACCUGGCUAGGUAGCUUUCUGUUUUCCACAAGUUGGAUAAUUUCUUAAGCCAUUCAUUUUACAAUGAAGAGGACUAGAUGUCUGUAAUGGUGUCUGUGUCUCAUAUAGACUGUGAGGACAGGGUUUUCCGCCUUUUUUUUUUUUUUUUAAAUAUGAAAAAUUCUACAGGUCCUGGAGCAUCACCAUGAUAUUUAAAUAACAAAACAAUGCACCCUCCCGAUGAGCUUACAAGAUUUCUAUUUUCAUUUAAAAAUUAAACUUUUGAAUGCACUUCAUUUAUGAUUAUCUGCUUAUAUAAAUACACAUAUCAUAUUAUAAAAUAGUAAGUGUUUACAGGCAAGUUUAUACAGUUUUAAUCAUGAAAAACUAGUAUAAGCAGGUGGUUUUAAUGUUGUGGCUGAUCGGUGAAUGUGAAUAAAACAUGUGAAGGUUAAUUUAUCAAAAGAAUUGUAUGUAAUGCUUUUCUGAUCAUUCAUGUGUCUGGACUUGUGUGUUUUGUAUUUGGAGAGAUUUGGCAACACUUGAGGACAUUUGGUGCAGUUUUGGCAAAACCCAUGUGGAAUUUGAAUACCCGUCAAUAUCUUUAUCAAAUAUACAAGUUGAUAUCAAGUUUGUGCACAAAUAGAAAGUAGGUCUGGGUUGGUUAUUGACUUAGAAAUUGAGAUAUUCAGUGCUAAACUAUAAAAAUCUUGUAUUUUCUUUUUUCUUUUAGUGUAUCUUUCACUGUAUGUACACGCUCUGACAUUUGUUCUGUCUCAAGCCUCUGCUUUAAUUUAAGUCUUCAUCCAAGUUUGUGCAGUUUUUGAGAUAUUGACACUUUUAUAGGACUGGUACAAAAGAGGUGGAAAUUGCCCUUUCGGGAGCCAAAGUGGAAAGGGUAAAAAUGCAACUUUCAAAAAUAAGAUGCACUAACAGAAAUCACCAGUGUGCCACAUGAUCUCACACCAGGUUGGUGUAUUGCAGGACUCAAUUUAAGAGCUAAUUUUGAUAAGCAUACACACAUACACAUACACACAUACUUUUUUUUAUAUAUUCAUCUACAGGUUCAUAUUACCGCAAUGUAUGUACUGUCAUCUGCACAUUAUUCUUGCAUGUAAUAAAUUAUAUUUGCACACAAUUGUUUCAAUUUACAAGAAUCUUGUCUUGUU